AUGUCGUACUUCAUCCCACCAGUCAAUUAUGGUAUGAUUGAGGAAGACUUGUACCGAUCAGGACAACCGAAUGAACUCAACUUUCCCUUUCUAGAGCGAUUAAAUCUACGUACGAUUAUAUAUUUGGCACUGGAAGAGCCCAAUCCGCAGUUCCAGAGUUUCGUGGAAGAACAGGACAUUCAGCUUGUCUUUUUAGGGGGUAAUACGCGCAUGGAGAGUCGCCGCAAGUCCUGGGAACCACUGUCUGAAGAAACGGUUCUCGCAGCACUUGAUAUUAUCCUUGAUCGUUCGAAUUAUCCACUCUACAUCACGUGUCAUCUCGGUCGAGACCGUACAGGUGCUGUAGUGGGUUGUCUACGUAAGAUUCAAGGAUGGCAUUUGUCAUCGAUCUUUGAAGAGUAUCGACGGUUUGCUGGUAGUAAAGUGCGGCUGCAGAACGAGCAAUUUAUUGAGCUCUUUGACACGGACUUGGUGACGAUACCUGUGAAUCCACCAUCUUGGAUGAGAAAACACUUGUAA